AUGGGAAACGGUCUUGUUAAGGGCUUUUCAAAGCCUUUUCAGCGUAUUUUCGUCAAUAAAGAAAUGCGAAUUUUGAUGCUUGGUUUGGACGCUGCUGGUAAAACGACAAUACUUUACAAAUUAAAACUCAAUCAGAGCGUUGUGACUAUACCCACUGUAGGUUUUAAUGUCGAGACAGUCACCUACAAAAACAUCAGGUUCAAUGUAUGGGAUGUGGGCGGUCAAGACAAAAUCCGUCCUCUUUGGCGCCACUACUUUACCGGAACAAAAGGUCUCAUUUUUGUGGUGGAUGCUGCUGAUAGCCAUCGUCUGGCGGAAGCUCGUCAAGAGUUGCACAGAAUUAUUUCUGAUCGUGAAAUGCGAGAUGCUCUUCUCUUGGUUUUUGCAAAUAAACAAGAUUUGGGAAAUGCCCUUUCACCCCUUCAAAUAACCGAAAUUCUUCAGCUUGACAAGUUGAAAGACCGUCUUUGGAACGUUCAGCCAACUUGCGCUUUGACAGGAGAUGGCUUAUUAGAAGGAUUAGCUUGGCUAAGCCAAAAUGCAAAAAUCAAGUAA